AGAGCAGCAGCAGCCGCAGCAGCAGAAGGAAGCUGCUAGCUAGGUGAAGGCCCGCCGGCCGGGAAGAGCAUGAAGAGCUGGGUGCAGAGCCACCUCAACGUCGGCCUCAUCGUCGGCGUCCUCUUCGUGGUCCUCACCUAUCUCCUCGUCUCGCAGCAGGCUGCCACCACCGGCGGCACCAGAGUUGUCACAACGGUAGCACAAUGGCUCGUGGAUAAACAGCUGAAUGAAGGAGAAAGGCCCAGUGAAAAAGUCGUUACUAAGGGAGCACAGCAGAUAGUGGAUAAACAGCUGAUUCAAGCUCCCGGUGAAACAGAGGUGGUCACCAAGGUUAUGUGCAGCACGGAGGAGCGCUUGUCUGACUACUGCGAGCUUGAUGGCGACGUCCGCAUCCGCGGCAGAGCCUGGUCGGUGGACAUCGUCCCCUCGAGCUGGUCGUCGGAGCGCCGCGCGUGGAAGAUCCGGCCGUACUCUCGCCGGAGCGCGACCCACGUCGACAUGCUCAACGUGACGCAGCUGCAGGGCCCCGGCGCCGCCCCGGCAUGCACGGUAACCUACAGCAAGCCGGCCAUCAUCUUCGCGCUCGGCGGGUACUCGGGCAACGUCUUCCACGACCACGCGGACGUGCUCCUGCCGCUGUUCUACCUAUCCCGGCAGUACGGCCGCGAGGUCCAGCUGCUGGUCAUCAACCGGGUCCAGCCGUGGUGGCUGGGCAAGUACAGGCUCGCCCUGCGCGCGAUGUCCAGGUACGACGUCGUGAACCUCGACGGCGACACGCACGUCCGGUGCUUCCGGCGCGUCACCGUGGGGCUCCGCCUGCACAAGGACUUCGGCAUCGUCCCGGAGCGGGUUCCCGGGGUGCGCCUCGCCAUGCCCGACUUCACCCGGUUCCUGCGCGAGACCUACGCGCUCCCGCGCAGCGCGGCGGCGAACCCGGCCCGGGAGCCGCACCGGAGGCCGCGGCUGAUGCUGAUCCAGCGGCAGCCGCACCGGCGGUUCCUGAACGAGAGGGAGAUCGUGCGGGCGGCGGAGGAGGCCGGGUUCGAGGUGGCGGUGACGGAGCUGCACAUCGACGCGGCCGUGGACGAGCAGGCGCGGCUGGUGAACUCGUUCGACGCCAUCCUGGGGCUACACGGCGCGGGGAUGACGAACGAGGUGUUCCUGCCGCCGGGCGGGGUGCUCAUCCAGGUGGUGCCGCUGGGGAAGCUGGGCCUGAUGGCGAGGGUGGAGUACGGCGAGCCGGCGACGGAGAUGGGGCUCAAGUACCUCUGCUACAACAUCACUGUGGGGGAGAGCUCGCUGCUGGAGACGCUGGGACCGGACGACCCGGCGAUCACGGACCCGGACUCCGUGCACCGCAGGGGGUGGGCCGCGCUCUACGACAUCUACCUCACCAAGCAGGACGUCCGCCUCGACAUCGGCCGGUUCGCGCUCACGCUCGCGGAGGCGAUGGACCACCUCCGGCGGCAGUAGGGGCACCGGAGCGCAUCGAUCCGGAGGAGACACAGCCAUGCGUUCCAAUACAUCAAGUAGUAGUUCGUUAUUUGGCGAACCGUUUGCGUGGCAAGAAUACUCAGCUCGCUAUAUGUAAGUGAUCCCUAAUAUACAAAAUGUACCUCGUAUUUUUAUCGAGCGACGUGUUCUAUUUU